UGAAUUUCUCUAUCGAUUAUUUUGCCUUACAAAAGUUCAUCAGCUGCAUGAAUCUUAUUUUUCAUUUAGUAGCAAAUGACGGUGAUACAAUUUUUCAAGUGAUGCAAAAUUUUCAAUUGGAAUAUCCCGUUAUUAGUAGGAACUACCUGGGAAAAAAUAGAUUGCAACAUGCUCAAAUUUCUGGUCCGAAUAUUUAUAUGGUAAAUGUCGAUAAAUUGCCUGCAGAGGAUUUUCUGGAAAAAUUGGAACGUGAAUAUCACAAUUCGAGAGUUCGGUUCAUAUUCAUUGGCCGACAUUUCCAAGAAUCGGAUGUGAAUAUCCUCAUCGAGAAAUAUGUUGUGAAUUUCUUAUUCAUCAAAUAUCCAACGGGUGAAAUUCUUACAACUUUUCCGUACACGUCGGGGCAUUUGCGAAAUUUCUCCACAAAUCUGGAGCAGAUCGGUUAUUGCAGAGAAGGAGAAUUGUUCAUGGAUGGUGAAGUAUUUCGAAACAAAUUACCAAAAUCUUGGGAUAAUUUUAGCAUGUCUUUGCUUUAUCGUCAUGAUGAACCUUUCACAAUAGAUCCCAGAGGGCAAAGAAAAGGUAUUGAGAUCGAUUUGUUGGAUAUUAUUCUAGGAAGGAUGGGAAUUAAAAGUAAAUAUACCAAUGUUAGACAUAUAAGUUCCACUAUGAUUUUGUUGCUGAAGUUUUUCCACAAGUUUGACAUAGGUUUUGGGAAUGAGGUACCACUAGCAAAUACUGCCAAUGAAUACACCAUUCCUUAUAGUUGUCACGCUUUGAGUUGGUAUGUGCCUAAAUCUGGUAUUUUGCCAAAGUGGAAGCUGAUUUUCAACACAUUUUCUGUAAAUUUAUGUUGGCUAUGGGGUUUACUACUACUAUUUUUCUCUGUAUUUUGGUACCUAGUUUAUAUCGCAUUGAAAGACCAGAGGCAUUUCAGUUAUUUCUUCAAUAAGAUAUGGAUCAUUAUCAGCUUUGUUUUAGAACAGCCUGGAAAUUAUCUUUCAGAUUUUACCACAAUAAUUAUUCUUUUAUUUAUGAUCCUGCAAUCAUCAUUGAUUUUGAAUGUUCUAUACAAAGCAAAGUAUACUUCUCUAUUGUCCACUGUAAAUUACUAUGGAGAGAUCAAUUCUUUGGAGAAAAUAAUGGAGAAUAAUUUGAAGAUGGGAUUAACACGUUUUUUGAUCAGGAUUUACCAGACAACACCAAGUGUUAAAAAAUAUUUAGAAGAAAAUUUUGUGGAAUGUGAUAUUGAUAUGAAAUGCUUGUUUCGAACAGCUUUGAAAAGAGAUAUUGCAGUAUUGGCAGCAGAAAGGAAAGUUAAUUUUUUUCAGCGUUCGUUUACUGAUGAGGAUGGUUCGCCAUAUUUGAACAAAAUUAUGCCGCCAGCUCUGACAUACUGCAACUCUUUCAUUUUUCCUAAGGGACAUCCCUUGUUUCCUUCAAUAAACAAAUUUUUAUCACAUCUGUUAGAUCACGGCAUUGUGGAUAAAGUGAUAUCAAGUUAUGAGAAUCUUUAUUUCAAUGGUAUUUACGUAAAUCAGCAGGUGAAGUUGAAUUUUGAUCAUGUGAAGGCAGCUUUCAUAGUUUUAUUAGUUGGAAAUUCCGCAGCUCUUUUUAUUUUUGUCAUUGAGAAUUUGAUGUUACAAAAAAUUUUCAAGAGGGAAAAUAAUGGAUAUGUUUGAUACACGUGGGAGAAUUUCAAAUAAAGCAUUUCGAUUGCACUAAAUAAUUAAAAACCAUCUAGAAAUCCAUUUGGGACAAUUUUUAUUCUACACUUUUCCACAAUAUAGAUUGUAAUGUUGUAAUUCAGUAUUUGUGUGUUUCAAUUUUUAAAUAUACACAUUCA